AUGUCAGACAAAAACCAGCUUGGACAAUACAUCUACCUCCCCGAAACAACCCCCCACCUCGCCACAAUCCUCAGCUUCCCAUCCCGAGCCUCAACCUUCCCAUCCCUCUACGAAAAGACCUGCACCGAAAUCAUCGACCUCGCAGCAACAAUCGCCCACUUCGAGCCCGUACGCCUCCACGUCCGACCUGAAGACCAAGACCGAGCCCAGCACCUACUAAGCAACCGCCUACAAGCCAACACUACCACACCCACACCCACACCCACACCCACACCCGCAGAACAACUUCAAUCCCGCAUAACUCUCAUCCCCGCCCCAACAAACCACAUCUGGGUCCGCGAUACAGGACCCAUGUACGUCCGCAGCGCGGCGGACCCAACCAACCGACACGCGAUAGACUUCCAAUUCUGCGAAUGGGGCAAUAGCACCAGCGAAUUGAUCUACAACCCCAGUCCAGACAAAAAGGGUGCACUACCCGAUGGAUCAGACUGGCCAGUUCUAGACGCCGAACGGCGUCGGGAAAACACUGCAUUUGCGGCGCGGGUCUUGGAGCUCGAGGGGGCUGGGGUGUCGAGGGUUAUUUCCAAGGUCAGGCUUGAGGGUGGUGGGAUUGAGAUGGAUGGGGAAGGAACGUUUAUGGCUAUGGAGAGUAGUGUGACUGUUCCUUCUAGGAAUGAGGGACUCUCCAAGACUGAAAUUGAGGACGAAUUGAUCAGAUUGCUUGGUGUUAGGAAAUUUAUUUGGAUUCCAGGUCGGGAGGGGUUGGAUAUUACGGAUUAUCAUAUUGAUGCUGAGGCGAGGUUUAUUCGGCCUGGUGUUGUUGUUGUUGGGAAACCGCAUGUCAAGUGUAAGAAGGUGUUUUGGGAUGUUUAUUACGAGAUGCGUCAGAUUUUGGAUGCGGCGGUUGAUGCGCGCGGGAGAAAGCUUGAGGUUAUUGAUAUUGAGGAGCCGGAUCCGACGAUCUUGCAGGGUGAUGUGCCGGGGGAGGAGACGGAUGUUGCGGCUUCGUAUGUGAAUUUUUACUUCACGAAUGGUGGGUUGGUGAUUCCUGCUUUUGGGGAUGCGGAGAUGGAUCGGAGGGCUUUGGAGACGCUGCAGAUGUUGGUUCCUGAGAGGGAGGUUAGGCAGGUUGCCGUGAACGCGCUGCCCAGGACUGGGGGGGGUGUUGCACUGUACUACGCAACAAGUACUAUGAUCGUCUCUUCUCUUUGCCGCGGCAGGGAGGUUCUCUCAGGGCUGGCUGUGGGGUUAUUUGAUUGGUGA